UUCUUGCCAUUUUCAAUUCAAAAUUGUGUCUCUUAGAGUGUGUUUAACUAUGAUCGUAAUUCAAUAAGUCGACGUUUUUCGUAUAAUUCGAGGAACAUACAAAAGUAUUAUAAAAUGGAAAACACGUCCUAUGGUAUAAAUGUUGCUAAUCGAUAUGAUCUAUUCUCCGUUGACGAUGAAGGAGAUGAUCCGUUUACGAUUACCCAUGUUAAAAAAAAUCAGAAAAAGCACUCGAACAGUACAGACCAGUCUUUCAAAGCGGUAUCUAGAAUUGCGGAAAAGGAAAAUAAGGCUGCACAAAACAAGGUUAACAAUGAAAAUAAGCAUCCGGAAAAGCAAGCUGCAGGGGGAAAUACUUCAACCCUAAGUAAUUCGCAAAAUCCGCGUGGUGAAAAACAUGCUAUCAAGGAAACGCAAAAGGAUAAUAUUCGUAUAGCACGCGACGAAAGUAAAUAUAAUCACACCGGAAAAAAUUUUGAGAGGAGACAAAUGAAUAAAUCUAAUUUACCUGGGGUCGAAGGCCGCGAUGAUAAAAAUAAAAAAAAUCGUGAUUCCAUCGAUGAGAACAAUCAACGUAAGUUUCAAAUUGGAAAACGUUACGAAAUUCGUGGAAAACGUGAAUUUGAUCGUCAAUCUGGUUCAAAUAAAACUGGUGUUAAAUCUGUAGAAAAGCGUGAAGGAGCCGGUUCGCAUAACUGGGGAAGUGCAAAAGCCGAUGCAAAAGAGUUCAAUAAUUUUCAAGAUGUAUUUUCACCCCAAGAAAUUGAAGAAGACAAAGGGACUGUGCAUGAACAAGGAAAAGAUGAAAUCGUUAAUGACGGACAGGACGUAAAAUUACCCAUUGAAGAAGAACUUAAAGAAAUGACAUUAGACGAAUGGAAGGCUCAAGUAGCUGCAAGUAGGUCUAAGCCGCAAUAUAAUCUCCGAAAAGCUGGGGAAGGGGAAGAUGCAAAACAAUGGGAUAAAAUGAUUGCUUUGGACAAGAAAAAAGCGGAAGUCGAAGCCGAUGAGGAAAACGAGAUUCAAAAAGUUGGAAAGUCGAGGCAUGUACUCGAUAUUGAGUUUCAUUUUAAUGAUGGGCGACGAGGUGGGCUGAUGGGACGGCCUAGAGGACGCGGUGGUAAAGGAACAAGGAACACUGGUAAACGUGAGAACGAUAAAAAAGAUUUUGCCGAAAUUCGUGAAGGUGAUACAGAAAAGCGCGAACGACGUAGUCGCCUAACUCCAAUAUCGGAUACAAAUUUUGGAAAUUACAAAAUAAAACAGAGUUCUAGGUUCAAUAAGAAUACUGCUCCUAAGGUAGACGAUGAGCAUGAUUUUCCGUCACUUGGCUAAAAUCAUAAAGUAAAUUUACUAACGUAUUUUACGAUCCAUGUUUCGUAAGCAGUUGCUUUAUUUCUUAUAAGUUUUCAAAAUAGAAUACUGCAAACAUACUAAUAAAACGAAAGAAGACUUUUUUUCUAAAUUCAAAUAGAGAAAGCUACAGUCAACCAAAAAAGUGCUCGGACAGCAGCGCAUAAAUCUUACUUUUAAUAACUUUUUGCAUGAUUUUUUCAAAGAAUGAUAAUAUCUAUUUUUUUGAAACGUUGGUUCUACAGUUGAUGAAGGGAAGGUAGGGGGAAGAAAUGAAAAUUGUUUUGUUGAA